AUCGUCUAUCUAUUCUCUCUGUUCUGCUUAAUAUUGAUUUUGUCUUUUGAUCCCCUGGCGCGCAAACCCCCAAAAAAUGCACGGUCAAUGUACCCAAAUCGGACAGUGGAGUGGGUUGCGCUACGGACCUUCAAGGGUAACCUUUAGUCGCAUUAAUAAUAGCUGUUCGAGUGUAUAUUUAGACAGCUUAGUCAGUGGAUAUGUACUAUAAAUAAGGGGACCAGUGUGGGAAUGGAAAUCAGCGUUUAUCAGUCAUCUGAUGAGGUGUGGGCGAGCCACCGUCCCACCGCUCCCCAAACAUGGCUGCCUCAUCUGUCCCUUCCACGGCCCCGGUCCCGUCCCCUCCCAAACGCUUCCUGGUUCUCUUCGACUUCGACGAAACUAUCGUCAACGAGAGCAGCGACGAUGCAGUGGUGCGCGCCGCCCCAGGCCAGCAGCUCCCCGAUUGGCUGAGACACUCGUACCGCGAGGGCUACUACAACGAGCAAAUGCAGCGCAUCCUGGCCUACAUUGCUGAGCAGGGCGUCACUGAGGACUCCAUUCGCUCCAAGGUCGAGCAAAUUCCCCCCACGCCCGGCCUUCUCACUCUCUUCCAGUACCUCCAGUCCCGCAAGCAGGACUUUGAGUUGGUGGUGGUCUCCGACGCAAACAUGUACUUCAUUGAGGCAUGGCUGGAGAGGGCUGGGGCUCGCCACCUCUUCCACAGGAUCUUCACCAACCCGGCCAGCUUCGACGCUCAGGGGCGCCUGGUGCUCCUGCCCUUCCACGCCCACGGCUGCCAGCGCUGCCCCGAUAACAUGUGCAAGCAGGUGAUCGUACGGGAGUACCUGGCGCGGCGGCAGCAGGAGCGCGGCGGCUGCCCCUUCCAGAGGGUGUUCUACGUGGGGGACGGGGCCAACGACAUUUGCCCCAUGCUAGCCCUGGGGCCCCGCGACACGGCCUUCCCCAGGAGGCACUUUCCCAUGCACCGGCUGCUGCAGGAGAUGCAGGACGCUGGGACGGAGGGCCUUAAGGUCAGCGUGGUGCCCUGGGCCAGCGGGCAGGACGUGGUGGACUGCCUGAACAGGCUGGAGGAGGAGAGAUGAGAUGCAGAAAGGACACUGCAGCUAGACAGGUACCAGAUUGUGUGCUGUCAGUACAAACAAAUCUGGGACCUGGUAUAGCACACAGAAGCAGGGUAGGAAUGAACAGAUUAGGGCACCCCCAAAGGUUACUGUUAAAAGUAUUACAGUGUAGGAGGAAAAUGACAUGACGCAUGUCCAGUGUUUUUAAGCAGGUGCUAGAGAUCCAAGAAUAUGUUUGUAAAAGACUAAAGAAGACUUGACUUAUUGCAAAUUAUGCUCCCAUGUGCUUCAUUGACAACGUUUUGACCUAAGGUAGACCUAAGGGUCGAAACAUUAUCAAUAAAGCACACGUAAGCAUUGAGGAUAAAGAAGGACAGAAUACUUCAGCGUGAUUGCAGUGUGCAUAGUCUUCCCUUUUGGUUAGCAGUACUACUGUAAGCAUUAAGAUGAUUAAUUUUGGGGUUAACAGUACCAUCUCUGUAGGCAUUAAGAAGAUUAAUUUUGGGGUAACAGUACCAUCUCUGUAGGCAUUAAGAAGAUUAAUUUUGGGUUAACAGUACCAUCUCUGUAGGCAUUAAGAAUAUUAAUGUUGGUCCUGUCCACUACUUUGUAGGACACCUCCAGGAGUCAAUGUGUCAUUUGCACCUUGGAAUAUAAGGGUUCUAAUCUUCCCACUUGGUGCUUGACAGCUGCAGUAUGUGUGGGCUUUUGUUCCACCCCAGGUCUAAAACAUCCUGCAGGUAGUGUUUUAGUGUUUUAUAAGUUGAUAUAAGCAUAUAUGAGCCUUUAAAAUGUCUUAUAGUAAGGCUUAAYCAAUCACGAUGAGUAGAUUAUUGUUCAAAUGAGAUGUGUUGUUGGCUUGGGUAAAAAAGCCUGUCUGCACACUCUAGCUUUUCAAGAUCAGGGUUUGUAACUAUUGGGUUGAUGACAGUGGCCGUGUCCAAAUGCCCAUACUAGCGUACUAAAUAGUAUGCAAAAAAGAAAGUGCUAUAUAGUAUGUGAAAUUUCAAACAUAGUACUCCGAAUGCGUCAUCUAAUACGUGAUUGCGUUGACUCCGGCCAUUCGUUCAUUUUGGUACACCGCAUCAAUUUAUCUGAUUAUCCGCUGUUUUCAAACAUGUGAGUCGGAAAAAAGUGGAGAAUUCUAAUAGAUCAGACGUCGAAAUGAGAAUGCAGUUUAAGUAUGUAGUACGCUAGUAUGGAUAUUUCGACACAAUCAAUGUUCUUUACAUGGUCCAGGAGUGUGAGCAUUGUUUUGUCCCGGCCCAGCCUUAACACACCUCAUUCUGCUAAUAAAGUAAGUGAUGACUGGUUGACAUAAGUUGACUAAUAGAAUCAUGUGUUCUAGCAGUGUCUGGUACCAAAGCCCACACACACCGUGGCUCUCCAGGACCAGGCUUGGGAUAGAAUGACACAGAGAGAGACGCCACUGACGCUCUGGCACACACUCGCUGACACCUAAUAUACAAGGGCAAUGUACACCGACUUGAGAUGCAAAGUGAAGCCCGUGCAUCCGCGCUGCACCUCUUUGUACAGUACACCCUCACAUUGUGAGAAACCUAUGAAACACUUGAGACAUGAGACAUUGGAAUCUGUGUGUGGUCCCAUGUCUAUCAUUCUAUUGACAUUGGAGUGUCUCAAUCCCUCCCCCCUGCUAUAACUUUCAUGGUCUCCUCAGACAUUUGAACCUAUUGGCCUUCCUUGAACACCCCCAUCUCCAGUGUUAACUCUUUCAUUGAGCUCUGAGACUUGACAGGGGAGACUAUUAACUAAUUGAGUCAACAACUCUCUAUAUCUGGGUUGCUGUCCACCCAAAAAGGCAGAGAAUCAACUAAUGUCCUCCAGAAAUGGGUAUUGGAGACUUGUUAUCGAAUUAUAGGGGAUGCCUGGAGAUGGUGGUGGGUUCUACCAUAAGAAACCAGGGCAUUCCMGUAAGCAUUCAAAUAUGAACAUCUCCUCCAGUGAUAGAAAUACUACCUUGGUCCAGCACACUAUUUCAGUGCAUCCUCACAUACUGAGUCUAUGUGCAUGUGUAUGUAAUUUGAACCSUAUACAAGACAAGUGUGUGCUCAAAGUCAUAAAUCACUGUGAACAAAAGGCCAUGGGGUUUGAGUGUUUGUAUCUUUGACCCUGAUGUAACAAACAAACAAAAAUCCAAAAGGCUUCCUUGAAAAUAAACCGACCUGCAUGUUGAUGUGUUAUUGUCAUCAAAGGAAGUACCUUUGAUGAGAUAACAAAUUAUGAAUCAGUGUUACAGCACUUGUUGGUUAAAUUUGUCUCCGUUGUAACAAAAUAAUCUCUCAUCCAACCAUAGGCCUACUCAUAGGUCAAAUACGUUCAAAUACUUGUUCUGCGCUUGAUUUGGUUUGCCCGGUACAAUGGKACAAAUGGAAUAGUCCCAAAAGUGUGAACUUCAAAUCAAAGUGAAUAACGUGCAUCUCAAAUACUUUCAAGCAUCGGUCAUCGUCAAGUAUUUGAAGGUCUUCGAGCUACUGUAUGGAUUUGAUCCAGCUCUGGUUGCCUUAAGCCUCCAUGUUCAGGAUGGUAGCAAAAGAAGUUGGCGAGUAGAAACAGAUUUGACAACCAGGAUAACGCAUAGGCCUCAAUAGAUCCUGUCUGUAGCUUGGUCUCUCAGGGAGCGAUGAACGAUGUAUAGAGCAGGAAUAGCUGCUGAUACAAAUAGUGUUUAUUUGCAUAUAUUAUUUGCAUAUCAGCUACAUUGCUGUGACCCAUGAUCAGCAUAUGAUCAGUAAAUCACAUUGGAGAUCAUUGAUUUGCUCUGUCAGAAUAUUUUUGAAAUAUUGGAGUAUGAUACUGAAAGAGAUUAAAGUAUUUUAGUGGUUUGGUGAUAGCCAUAGUGGGACUUCACUUUAGCUAUCAGUUGAAUAUGUAAUACACUAUGCUGAGGAUGGUGGUGGUGUUGUACUAAUUCUGUGAUCACUAGAUAAUACAAUAAUUGACCUGUAACUUGACCUGUAACUGCAAUCCAGACAUUAAGCUUUGCAUAGAAGAAUAUCCUUGUUUGAGUUUUGUGCAAUAACUGGCUUUAUGUUCACAGUAUAGGUUUAAGUGAAGAGAACGAGAGGAAGUGUAAUACUGUGAAACUCUUAUCCCCAAUGUGUCCCGCACCUACGGACCGUUUUCACUAUAUAAUCUCACCUCAACUUUCACUGAAAUGUGUUACAAAUGUUGGUAGAGUGUUAUAGCCCCACUUAAACCAAAAUGGCCAGUGUUUUGGGUGCUCCUCUUGGCUAAUAUAUUAAUUUCUCUUGAAAAUGAUGUCUGUGUGUGUUUGUGUGUUCUGGUUUGACGGUUUGAGAAAUAUCCUUCUUGUUUUGACCGGCAUUACUCCUCCUGCAAUACUGAACUGACUGAUCCUCACUGUUCUACUUUAAGAGACGCUAUGCUGUGUACUUCAUGUUUUAGCCUGUUUUGUCUUUCAUCUAAAAAUCAAAGAGACCAUGUGUGUAAUGUACCAUUGUAAUAGUAACAGGAAUAUAAAGCCAUCAACUAACUGAG